AUGCUGCCGGCUGCCUCUUCUUUCUCCUUCGCUGCCUCUUCGAGGCCUCUGCUGUCUGCCAUGCGUCGCCGCGUGCUCCCAUGCCCCUUACCCGGCGCCCGUCAGCCUCCCUCUCUUCCGCUCUCUCCAGCGCUCGCGGCUUGUCCUCCGUCUCUUCCCCCCGCGCCUCCUCGGCUGAGCCGCGCCUUCUCCACGACGCCGCCGGCCUCACCUCCCUCGUCGUCUGAUACGCCCGCGGCGUUCGCCUCGCCCUCCGCGUCGUCUGCCUCUUCUGCGUCAUCGGCUCCCGCGCCUGCCUCUUCUUCUUCGCGCGGCUUCGCCGGCCGACACCGUCUGAUUCUGCCGCCGGAUUUGCCGCGGGGCAUGAAGAAGGGCGGCGGCAGUUUCGACGGCGGGACUGCGCUCUCAGCCGCGCUGGAGGCCGCCUUUUACGACAAGCCCUCGCGGCAGAAACGCGUGGCGGGGAAGGAGAUGAGUGGAAAAGACUACUCGCGACUCAUGGUUCCCAAACAAAGAAAGAAGAAGACCAAACACACCGGCGGACAGAACGUCACCUACUGA